UAGUUGCUGUAAACUUGAAGUCGCCGGUCAGCAGAAGGUCGGUCAACAACAACAAUAACAACAGUUAGCAGUUAACCGUUAACGGAAAGUUAAACAGUCGUCGGUUAACGUUUAAACUCGUAGGUUUAUUCACAGUGAGCGGGAAACUGACAACUUCCGGUCGAUGUUUGAACAAAGUAACUCGUCUCCGGAUUAUCGGCUAAUGCUAACGUGCUAACCGGCUAACCGUCCAAGCGAACUGAAGUCCUCUGUGUUAGCCGUUAGCUUAGCUAGAUUUGUUAGCCGUUAGCAUGCAGUGUGUUAACGCUGUGAAGAAGAGAAGUUUAGAAACGGAGGUGGAGCCGUGGAGCUGCAGAGCGAAGAGAGUGUGUUUGGGGGUGGAGCUCCAGGUGACAGAGUGUCCAAUGGAAACGUCCCACAGUCUGAGCGUGUCCAAUCAGCAACAAGAACAGCAGAUGGAUGUUGGUGUGGUCCGGCCGAGAGCUCCUCCUCUGCUCUGCUGCCCCCGCUGUCUGGGAGGAGAACCAGGUCACAUUAAUCACAUCAUGGGCCACUGAGCAGCUGAUCGAUAACACUGAUACAAGAGGACGAUGAAGACGUGGCGCCCCGUCCUGACCUCCUGACCCCUUCAGGGAACGCUGACUUGUCUCACAGCCGUCCAAUGAGGCUUCACUCCUGCAGGAUGAUGUCAUAAUGACCUGUCCUGCUGAAAGGACCAAUCAGGUGCUUCUGUCAGACCCUGUCCCUUUAACAGAAGUUAUUUUACACUCCUGCCGAUUGUAUUUAGUUUUCAUAAUCUCUCAUGGCCCCGCUCGUCAUGGAGAUGGUUUAGUUAUUGUCACAUGACCUUAAUUCGUAAGAACAAAAUCUGUCUUUGAUGGUGCAUUUAAAGACAAUCUGACUUCUGAGCUUCAUACUUUUAAUAACUGACCGUUUGAGAUCAGUUUGAUCUUCUGUGUUUGAGUUUAAUAACUAAAUGUAAAUCAAUGUAAAGAGAAAUGACCACUUCAUGUCACCUUCAUCUUACCAACACUCAGCAGCCCACUCCGAGUUCUCAGAUGUCCACGUGUCCUUGAACACACCAUCACGUGUAAUUUGGACAGUCAGCAGUAAUGUUUAAAUCAGAGCAGACUGUUAAAGCUCCUUUAACAGAACAGUAUUAGCCCCGCCUCUUUACCUCUCCCAUCCAAUCACACAACCUUCCUCCUUCUACCAGGUGUCUGAUUGGUUCAUGCAUUUUGUCACCUGAACAUUUUAUAUCAGCUAAUGAUUACUGAUCAGUAAUUGCAGCCAGUGAUUUGACCUUUGACCUCUGGUCUCGUGAGGCGUUCACUGUCUCUGACAGCAGGCACUAAAAGGGCUAUUACAGAGUUGUUGAUUCAUGAACAAACCUCCUGAUGCUCGUUAGCUCGUUAGCUAACUCUCCUCAGUUUAAUUAAAGAUGUUUGAGUAGAAACCUUCAGGGUUCGUCUCCACGGUCACAAACAACAUGUGAUGUUGUUAACGUGUGUUGGUCCUCAAUUAUAAGACGACUUUUCAUUUCCAGAAACAAACGUCGUCUCAUCAUCAGGUCAGUAAGACGAACUGUGGCGGACGUUAAAUGUUUCCGACUAAUUAAAGGGAACCAUUAAGAUAAUUUCUUUUUUUUUAUUUGGCUCUCCAGCGUCAGUCGUACAACAAAAGGGACUGAAUUUAUUUUUGUGUUUAAAGUUUAUUAAUAAAUCUGUUUUAAUUUGUUUCUGUCUGUUAGUCAGGAAGCAUUUAAAAUUUAAGAUGAUAAGAUUUAUGACUGAUGUGUUUUCUGUUAAAGAGUUCAGUAUUAAUGAAAAGGAGAAAUAAAUAUUGUUAAUCUGUCCUGUUUGUAGAGAUAUAUUUUUAUAUUUCAGAGCAGUUUUUUUAUUGAUCUGACUGAAUGUACAGUAGCUUCCUGCACAGCUCUAUUUUUGAUGGCAUCAUUUUCUGCUUUGGGGCUGACCAAUCAGAACGCUCAUUUGU